UGUGAUGGUGGCAGGAGCAGCAGCAGCAGCAGCAGCAGCGGCGGCGGAGGAGCUGAGCCUUAAGAGCUCCGUCGGCUCGGCGUUUUGCAAAGGACUCCCACCGAUCUACUUUUGCAAUCGCCCCGGAUUGUUCAUGUGUUUACUUCCCCCAGCCCGAGGAUUGGCGAUCUAGGUUCCUGUGAAAUGCAACUGAGCAGCAAAAGUACUUUGAGAACACGGGGCGGCAUAAACACCAAAACUUUUCUGGUGGAAGGAAAAGGCAAUGAGAGAGCUUGCGGCCGUUUGAUGCUGUGAGUGUGGAGGGAGUGUGUGUAUAUUUUAUGUCUGCAUCGGAUGCAUAUGCAUGUGUGUGGGUGUCUGUGGGAUGUGUGUGUGCGUGUGUACGUUGCUCUAUACAUAGGGAGAAAAUGCUGGCCAACCACCGGAAACCUCCCGGAAUUUAUUAGAAAAUAAUGGAUUAUAACAAGAAAGGAGGGAAGGAACGGAUCUUCUGAGUUGUAACUCGAUUUACCGCCGCUCAGUUUGUUGUGAUUCUUUUUGUGGAUAGGUGUCUGAUAUUAUUCCGACAGUACUUCGCUUUUCCCUUUUUUUUGGAGGGGGGGGAGCUUUACAGUUGCAGAAAAAAGGGAACAAAUAACAACAAAAAAAUCUCCCCCCCCUUUUUUUUUUUUCCUCCGGGGUCGCUGUUUCCAUCCAUGUGCUUGUUUUCUCCCCCGCGUUCCACUUAAACUAUUUUAAUCCCGGACCCAAGGAGGAGGUCGAUAGGGGUGGGGGGUGGGGGGGGUGGAUAAAAAAAGUUCUUCCAAAAUAGUGUGCCCGGGGAGCGGGAUGGGGGAUUUUUCAGCCCCCUCUGCCGCCGCCAACGGCGGCAGCCUCUGCAUCAAUAGUAACCUGAACAGUAGCCUCGGAGGGGCCGGGAUCGGGGUGAAUAAUAGUCCCAGUAGUACUCCCGGGGCUCCCGGUAACAAUCAUCACGCUCCGGGCGGCGUCCCCAAGCACAGCACGGUGGUGGAGCGGCUCAGGCAGCGCAUCGAAGGCUGCAGGAGGCACCAUGUCAACUGCGAGAACAGGUACCAGCAAGCCCAGGCGGAGCAGCUGGAGCUGGAGCGUCGGGACACCGUGAGCCUCUAUCAGAGGACCCUGGAGCAGAGGGCCAAGAAAUCGGGCGGCGGCCCCAAGCAGCAGCACCAGCAACACCCCCCGACCAAGCAGCAGCAGCAGCAGCAGCAGCAGGAUGCCGAGUCUGCCACGGCGGAGCAGAGGAACCACACUCUCAUCAUGCUACAAGAAACGGUGAAGAGGAAGUUGGAAGGUGCCCGGUCACCCCUUAAUGGAGAACAGCAGAACGGUGCCUGCGAUGGGAGCUUUUCUCCUACUAGCAAACGGAUCCGAAAGGACAUUCCUGCUGGGCUGGACGCGAUCGGUAACUUGCCCAAUAACAUGCCACUGCCUUCUGCUUCUCCUCUUCACCAACUUGACAUGAAGCCCCCUUUACCCUCGCAGAACAGCGGCUCCCACACCCCGGGGCUCGUGGAAGAUAUGGGGAAGAAUGGCAGACUUCCGGAGAUCAAGCUUCCCGUGAAUGGUUGCGGCGAGCUUGAGGAUGGCUUCACCAUCUUGCAAAGCAAGGAGCUUAAGCAGGAACCUCUGGACGACCCCAACUGCAUAGACCCCUCGGAAACCUCCCUGUCAAAUCAGAACAAGUUGUUCUCGGACAUUAACCUGAAUGAUCAGGAAUGGCAAGAGUUGAUAGAUGAACUGGCCAACACUGUCCCCGAAGACGAUAUCCAGGACCUGUUCAACGAAGACUUCGAAGAGAAGAAGGAACCGGAGUUCUCCAGGCCGACCACCGAAGCCCCUCUCUCCCAAGAGAGCGCGAGCGUUAAGAGCGAUCCCUCUCACUCUCCCUUUGCUCACGUACCUAUGGGAUCCCCCCAAGUGAGGCCGUCUUCUUCCGGUCCCCCGUUUUCUAACGUGUCCACGGCUUCUAGCGUCCCCUCGGUUUCCAGCACGCCAGCAGCUCCGAUCCCCGCCGGAUCACCAGCAAACUGUGCUGUCCAGUCUCCUCAGACCCCUAAUCAAGCCCACACUCCCGGCCAAGCCCCAACUCGAUCGGGAAAUGGCUAUCUCAUCAAUCCGGCGGCCGCGGCUGUAACGGGGGCGAGUUCGGGGCCCGGUCCGGGGGCCGUUCCCAGCGCCGACCUGUCUCCAGCUGAACAGCUCAAACAGAUGGCUGCUCAGCAGCAACAGAGAGCUAAACUCAUGCAGCAGAAACAGCAGCAGCAGCAGCAGCAGCAACAGCAGCAGCAGCAGCAACAGCAGCAGCAACAUCCAAAUCAAACAUCAAGCUGGUCACCUGUGGGACCUCCAUCCAGUCCUUACGGAGGAGCUUUCGGUGCAGACAAACCAAAUAGCCCAAUGAUGUACCCCCAGCCCUUUAACAACCAAAACCCUAUAGUGCCUUCUAUGGCAAACAACCUGCAGAAGACCACAAUGAACAACUACCUCCCUCCAAACCACAUGAAUAUGAUAAAUCAGCAGCCAAAUAACUUGGGUACAAACUCUUUGAGCAAGCAGCACAACCUACUCAGUUACGGCAACACUAAACCUCUGACCCAUUUUAAUGCCGAGUUAAGUCAGAGGAUGACCCCCCCAAUGGCCAACCCCAAUAAGAACCCCAUGAUGCCGUACAUCCAGCAGCAGCAGCAGCCUCAGCCGCCGCAGCCGUCCCAGCUCCAAGCUCAGAUGGCCCACCUGAGCGAGGAGCAGAAACGCAUGCUCAUCAUGAAGCAGAAAGGAGUGAUGAAUCCGUCGAUGGCCUAUGCAGCCCUUCCAUCCCAUGGCCAGGAGCAGCACCCAGGAGGACUCACCCGGACUGCGGGUGCCCUGCAGGCCUCGGUACCUCCGGGCUCCGGCGGUGUCGUCGCAGGUGCCAGCCCUGGGGGUCCCAGUUUCCUGGCCAGUCAGCCUCAGGCGGCCAUCAUGAAGCAGAUGCUGAUCGAUCAGCGGGUCCAGCUCCACGCGAUGGAGCAGCAGAAGCAGCAGUUCCUCCGGGAGCAAAGGCAGCAGCAACAGCAGCAGAUCCUAGCUGAGCAGCAGCUGCAACAGUCUCAUUUACCUCGGCAGCAUCUCCAGCAGCAACAGCAGCAGCAGCAACAACAGCAGCAGCAGCAACAGCAGCGGAACCCUUACCCAGUGCAGCAGGUCAAUCAGUUUCAAGGUUCACCUCAAGACAUAGCAGCAGUGAGGAGCCAAGCGGCGCUGCAGAGCAUGAGAACCUCCCGAAUGAUGGCCCAGAACGCAAGCAUGAUGGGCCUGGGACCCUCCCAGAAUCCGGGGACGAUGCCCUCAACGGCCACAGCUCAGUCGGAGAUGGGAAUGCCCCCUUACGGCAACACAUCCACCAGCCAACCAGGAAUGUACAAUAUGAGCCCAGGAAUGAGCCAAAUGUUGCAGCACCCAAACCAAAGCGGCAUGAGUAUGGCGCACAAUCAAGGCCAGGGCCCGAGGCAGCCUGCUUCCGGGCAGGGGGUAGGACUGGUGAGUGGUUUUGGGCAGAGCAUGAUGGUCAAUCCUGCCAUUCCCCAACAGCACCAGCAGCUGAAAGGGCCCGUCGCUCAGGCUUUGCCCAGACCCCAAGCCUCCCCAAGACUUCAGAACAUGAUGGGGAAUGUCCCCCAAGGAGCCCAAAGCUGGCCACAGAGAGGCUUACAGGGCAUGCCCGGGAGGACUAGUGGGGAACUGGGGCCGUUCAACAAUGGCACCACUUACCCCAUGUCGGCUGGCCAGCCUCGGCUGACUAAACAACACUUCGCGCAGGGGAUUAGUCAGUCGGUCGUGGACACGACCACCGGCACCGUGCGAGCCCUCAAUCCUGCCAUGGGGCGGCAGAUGAUGCCGUCGCUGCCCGGGCAGCCGGGUCCCAGCCAGACUCGGCCCAUGGUCAUGCCCGGGAUGAGCCAGGGGAUGGCUGGCCUGCCUGGGUUUAGCCAGGCUCCCACCCAGCAACAGAUGCAGAGCGGCUCCUUUGCUGCGAGCGGCCAGGGCCAGACCUAUGACCGGACCCCCACUCAGGACAUGUCCUACAGUUACGGUGGCGGCGAGGGCGCCGGGGGCUCCUUCCCCAGCCUGGCGGAGGGGGCCGACCUCGUGGACUCCAUCAUCAAGGGUGGCCCAGGGGAUGAUUGGAUGCAGGAGCUCGAUGAGUUGUUUGGAAAUCCCUAAGCCGGUUGUGACCCUCAGAGCUGAAACUCCAGGGGCGAAAGUGAAAGAAAAAAAGAAAACGGGAUGUUACCCCAUCCUUGUUUUUUUUUUGUUUUUUUAACCCGCACAAAUUGAGCUGGACGGCAGCCGGCCGAUUGUGAAAGAGCCCCGUGGCCACCGACGACCUCAGUGGGCCGUGGUUCACAAGACUUCCGGGUGGCCAUCUUGAUUCCGCGGUAGACACCCGUGAGGGAUGAGAGAGACAGUCGGAGGGACAGGCUGGGGAAGUGAGCCCUCCCCCUCCCCCGCUUCCCUCCGGGGAGAGCCAGAGGUCUCCGUGAAGUGAGAAGGGGGCUGCCGCCCAACGGCGAGGGGUCCCUGGGCCCUCCCGCCCCAAGACCGGCCGGCCGCCGCUUUCGGGGCCAACGCAAAGACAGAUGCUCAAGCUGGGGAAGGAAACCUACGGAAGCUGCUGGUGUUUGCACAGGCCGGGAGUGUGGAUCAGAAACGUGCUGAACUCCGGGUGGGAACAAAUGCCGGGUUUGAAGACGUACUCCUACUACAGUUGAAGGACGGGGAAGAGGGUCGGUCCGAGCCUUCACGGGUUGGGGGGAGGAUGGGGGCAGGGAAGGGAGGGAGGAGUGAGGAGGGAGCGGGUAUCCCCUCCCCCACCAUCGCAACCGUAGAGACGGCCCUGCCCACCGCCAGAUCAGGAUGGCCGGGCAAGUCAGGGAAGCGUAAAUCAGGCGAUGCUGAGAGAGAGAGGGCCAUUUGAGGAUAAGUCUAUCACUGGUGAUAGUGGUGACAGCCACGGUUUCGGUAGCUGGGUCGGAGUCAAGACCCUCUCACGCUUCCUUUGGGCCCAGCUGAGUGCUGAGCAUCGAGGCAGUUCCUUCAUCUGGGCAGCGUAACGGCCGAAGGAGAGGCGAUAGGGCAGCCACCGGCUUCGCCGGGGAGGUCGCUCGGGGCCCGGUCCACUGCCAGAAACUUGCCCUUGAUUCACACGGCUUUUCCUCACAGACUUUCCCAAAUGAGACUGCUUUCCUUAGCCAAGCUUCGGCUUAGCCAAAAAGGGUGAAUGAAAGCACUAGACUACAUCAGAAGCCAGAAGAGAUGCUGAGGGUUAGAUCGGGGACUCCAUUUCCCCUUCUCUGAAACAAAUAAGAUUUGAGUGAGGACCGUUUACCUGGACGAGAGGCUCAUACUCCUAUUUUGCCAAUGCGUGCGGGUAAUUCUUAUAUCAGUGAACAGAGAAAAGAAUUUAAAAUGGGGGUGAUCCUGGUCUGCUCUGUGAAAAUUGUUAAGGGACCCCUGAAGUCUGAAAGGAUGGUGUUCGCUCAUUAGAGGGAAUCUAAUUAGAGAGAACAAGUGAUUUCCUUUGUCAGCAUCAAUAAAGCAUCAUCCUCUACCAUGACUCUCAAGCCGCUAGUGACACCCAUCCCCUUGGCAGAUAGAAGCCGGUGCCUGAAGGAUUGGGGAGCCAAAGUCAACUGAUAUGUCUUGUUUUGAAAAAGAGGAAAAAGCAACCACACAAUCAUUCAAUCUAUUUAAGCCUAUGCCUGGGAUCCCCUUAAAUCUGCUAUAGCUGAAAAUGUAUCCAAAGGAACCCAUGACCAAUAGAUUUGUCCUCAUUUAUUUCCUGCCCAUAUCUUCAUUUGGAAGGGCAGGGAAAGGGAAUGGGUGUCGGGUAUGUUAGAGAAAGAGAAGGUGUCAAGCAAACGGUCUACCCUGUUUUUCCAUCGACUCCAUGCCCAGACAUUUCUGGUUUACUCCUGUGUAUUCUCUCUUAAUAAUCAAGGCCAAGUUGAGGAUGGCACCCACAGGCGUCCGGGAGAACUGGAGAGGUACCCCACCGCCUUAGUGGAGCAAACCUGCCUGAAGGAUCACUUGGCAUUCCCCAGAGGAAGAGGGAUAAAGUGAGGGUAAGGGGGAGGGGACAUGCUCUUAAAUAGCCGUCCCUCCACCACCUCCCGAAUCCCACUGCCUCACUCUCUCUAAGUGGGGGGUGGGAGGCAAGAAUGAGGCUGUCCAGGCUGGGAUGAGGGAACUGGGUCUCUGCUUCCCUAAAGGUAUGUUUAAGAAAGCUAUACAACCAGAGAAACAAGCAUUAAAAAAAAAAAAGCCAAAAAAAAAAAAGGAAGGACACAGAAUAGACUACAUAUUCACAUCUAUCUGAAAGGUACAGGAACUACAUGUGCAAAUGAUGACAGGAAGCCAGAGGUGGAUAGUGGAGAGUCCAGUGACUCUGGAGAGCUUCCUCCAAAUACUCUGUACUGGGACCAACUAAUAGGGAGAUAGAUUUUAAUAGGGUUGUUUUGUUUUUUUUACUACGGUGCUGAUGUAUAUGUAAUGUCUAAAAAAAAAAGUUAUUUGUAAAUAUGUUUUUACAAUACUGCAGAUAUCACUGGGUCUACUACCUGUAAAAUAUAUACAUAUAAAUAUAUAUAUACUGUUGUUUAAAAUAGAGUAUUUUUAUUUCAUUCCUUAACUCAUCAUCACUGCAAUGGUAUUGCACUUCAGACAAUGUCUAAUUACUAAUUUGUACUGUAUUACCUGAUGGCAACUUGCUCCAUUUUAUUCAGAUUUUUCUAGUUUUCUCUUUUUACUUUGUACAUUGAGCAUUGCUUAUUUCCUUUAAAGAACUGUACAGAACUAUGAAAUGUAGAAAUGAAGUGAUGUUGACAUACCACUUUUAAAGAAAAAAAAAACAAAUAAAACAUUGUUACCUGAAUCAA